ACUAACUCCAUUCUACUUCCAGUACCCUCUUCGAAUCCUCACUCUAGCAGCGUUGAAAGAAGCGUCUCCAAUCUCCAUUCCCUUUGGCGAUGGCCGCACGAGCCCUAUUCAGCAGCAAAACCCUAGCCCGGGUGGUCCGCAACGACGCGGCCAAGCCUCUCGGAGUCGGCGUGGCGGCGGCGGCGGCUAUGCAUUCCCGCGGCUUGCACGUCUACACGCUUCCCGAUCUGGAUUACGACUAUGGCGCGCUGGAACCAGCCAUCAGCGGCGAAAUCAUGCAGCUCCACCACCAGAAGCACCACCAGACCUACAUCACCAACUACAACAAGGCUCUCGAACAGCUUGAUGCUGCGGUCGCCAAGGCCGAUUCCUCUACCGUCGUUAAGCUCCAGAACGCCAUCAAGUUCAACGGCGGAGGUCAUAUCAACCAUUCUAUUUUCUGGAAAAAUCUAGCUCCUGUUCGUGAAGGAGGUGGUGAACCACCCAAGGGAUCAUUGGGAUGGGCUAUUGACACACAUUUUGGCUCCUUUGAUGCAUUGAUACAAAAAGUUAAUGCAGAAGGUGCAGCGCUACAGGGGUCUGGAUGGGUGUGGCUUGGUCUAGACAAAGAGUUGAAGAGGCUUGUGGUUGAAACUACUGCCAACCAGGACCCACUGGUUACUAAGGGACCAAAUUUGGUCCCAUUGCUUGGUGUUGAUGUAUGGGAGCAUGCAUAUUACUUGCAGUACAAGAAUGUUAGACCAGACUAUCUGAAGAACAUUUGGAAAGUUAUUAAUUGGAAAUAUGCCAGUGAAGUGUAUGAGAAAGAGAGCUCUUAAGUGCUACUUGAUAUAGUACUUGAGGCGACAGAUUUGCAGCUCGGUAAGAAAUGGAAUAAAAUGAUGUGAUGUAAUAGAUAACACCAACUAUUUAUGUAGUUGUACUGAAGAAUCUCGAGCAUUAUAUGGCUGCAUUUCUUGUAAUUGUCAUGUCUUAUGGAUUUUCUGAUGUUCUGUUAAGAUACUAUUCGUGUCCAGUGAUGUAUACCUUUUGCUUCUAGGGUGUGAUCCUUUUAUUCGAAUAAGUAGUAGAAUUCUGAAAUUCAAGCCAGAUAUAGUUUCAUCAA